AUGCUCGCAAACAUCAGCAUCCUGUCCGUCAGCGCCGCUCUGGCCUCCCUAGCCUCCGCCGGCCGGGUCAUCGUGGCGAACAACUGUGACUACGAAGUGAGUGUCUGGGCCGUGGGCCAAGUACAAUCCCCCGUCACCCACGUCGGACACGGCGAAAGCUUCUCCGAAGAGCUUCACCGAGACCCUGUGUCUGGAGGAAGAGACAUCAAAAUCGCCCGCAAGCCACACCCAGGGAACACAAACCCAUUGAGCGGGGCGCAUCUGCAGUUGGCCUACAACGUUUCCCCUGAUGGAAAUCGUCCAUUGGACACAGACUCGGGAAGUCUCAACUACGAUCUCAAUGCCAUCUUCAAUACCCCCUUUCCAAACUCGAGGGUGACCCUGAAGUCGACCGGGUGCCCUCACAUUCUCUGGGAGACGGGCGUCAAGCCACAAAAUUCUGGCGGUCAGGCUUGCAAGGGGAUAGGCCAUGACCUGACCUUGACACUGUGCGCGCCUGCCGAGUCAUAG